AUGGCCCAACCAGAACACUUUGAUUGCCUUUGGGAUCAAGCCAAAGCGCGCUAUAAGUCCAUCACAGGCCAUGAUCUCGACGGCCCCGCAUUUCCCAGCCCCGCUUCAGCUGACAACCUGCUCGUGCUCCUCGACGCGAGAAACACCGACUUCCUAUCUUUCCGGGAGAAGCGCUCUGUGCUGUUCCACAACCUCAGUACACUGUGUCAACCGAUCGAAUUACUCACCAACGUCAUCUUCACGGGGACCUCGGUGGCAUUUCCGCCCAGCGCUGCAUGUUUUGCCGCCUUGGCGUUGUUGAUUGAUGCUGCCCGUGGCGUAUCGUCGCUCUAUGAUUCCAUAAUUGGUCUCAUCGAGACCCUCAAGUCAGGAAAACAGGACUUCCUCGCGCGACUCAAGAUCUAUGCUGUAAAUCAGGCGACGCCCGAGCUCCGCAGCACGCUGGUGAAUAUCCUCGUGAUCCUGCUGGAAGUCUUCGGUCGCUCCGCGAAGAUCAUCCGGGGUGGAACACUGGGUCGCACCCUGGCCUUCGCGAAGAACGUGGUCUUGGGUCGCAAUGAGAAGCUGCAGGGUCUCCUCAAACAACUGGAGAAGCUGUGCCAGACUGAGAACCGACUGGUCGCGGCGGAGACAUGGGCGGAGACAAAGCGCACCGCGCAUCAGAUGGACCAGGUCAGCGAUGACUUGGGGACGUUAGUCCUGGGACAGGAGACUUUUCGUAAUGAGUUCCGGGAGGAAAUGCACAAGGUGCGCGAGACGGUGACAGCGUCCUCAGGCAGGCAAGAGAAAUCAACGACAGCCAUCCGGGAGAUUCUCAAGCCCUCGGUACAUCCAGCCGAUGCGUAUCAGAGUCUGGCAAAGAAGAGGGUGGCAGGCACGGCAGACUGGAUUCUUGCAGAACCGUUGUUUCAACGAUGGGUGGCUGAUGAGGGGCAGACACCGCUGUUGGCUGUCUGUGGGAGUCCGGGCAGUGGGAAGUCGGUCCUGUCGCAGCGCGUUAUCUCCUUCCUGAACGAGCUGCAAGCUAAGAGCGGAAGCAGCGGUGGCUCGAUCGCGUAUUUCUUCUUCAGUAAUAGUGACACUGAAACCAUGUCAUUCAGCCAGGCACUGCGGGAUUGCGCUCACCAGGUUUACCAAAACAACGCCGCGUAUAAGGCAUAUCUUGAAGCCCACCUCAGCUCUCCAAAUGAUAUCAAGACUAUUCGCAGUACGUGGAGAUUGCUAUACACUCAGCACUACACGGCGCAGCGAAGAGCAACCGGCCGGGUGGUCCUUGUCUUGGAUGGUCUCGACGAAGCCUUUCAGGCGGAUCGGGAGCAGUUCUUCGAGCUGCUGUCAGAUCUACCUUCCGGGAGUGUCCCUCAAAUCAGGAUUCUUCUAGUCGGAAGGCCUGAGAUCUAUGCUGAGCUCAUUGAAACGUUGAACGCCAUACCUUGCAUUCAGGUUGACGCAGCAAAAAACUCUGCUGACAUCCGAGCAUUAAUUGAAACCACCAUGCGACGAACUCGUGUUUUCAGUCGCAUUCCUCGAGGUCUCUCCUCCAAAAUCCAAGACGAACUCAUUGAAAAGUCCCAAGGAAUGUUUCUGUGGGCCGACCUGAUGCUGCGCGAGUUGAGCCGGAAGACGCGAACGAGCAGUAUGCUAGACAGCCUACAAAGAGCUCCCAAGGGAUUGGAUGAGAUGCUGGAGCAUGCCCUGCGAGGCUUCAGCGCGAAACUCGACCCAGAAGAAGCGGAGAAUUUGAAUACGAUGCUUGCAUGGCUGGCUUGCUCUGAUGUUCCACUGAGUCUGCGUCAGCUGGACUACAUCCUGCAAUACGAUUCGCCGAGCGGGGAUGGAGUCUUUGAUCUUGAGACCAUGCUCCGAGUACAAUACGCGUCGUUCUUUCUGCUCCUUCGAGACGAUGGCCUGACUACAGCCGACCUCCAGGGUGCAGAAGUCGCAGCAUAUUUGGCCGAGGGCCGGACAAGCGAUGAUCUCCUCGGAUUCCAGUCCAACAAAGAGACCACCCGUGUCGUCUUCCGCCACGCGUCGAUCGGCGAGUACCUCCGCAAUCCCAAUUACGGAAAAGUGCGCGAUAGCCCUGGCUCUGUGCCUGUUGGCGUGAGUAUCAUCGAGGCGCGGACCCAUAUCCUAAUACACUGCCUAAAGCUGUUCCAAGACGGCUUUGCGGAGGAUGAGAACAAGGACGGAAGGGUCUCACUCAUCAUCCAUGCGCAGAGUCAGUGGCUGAGUUAUCUGAGGCAUCUGGUCAACAACGACCAGCUCGAUCCACACAGCAAGCGCGAGAUAAGAUAUUUGUUCCGCAGACUACUGUCAGCUCCUGACUGCGUACAUUGGCUGAACCCGGAUGACUGGGAGUUCUUCGCUUCUGGGGAUUACCGCCUCAUCGAAAGUCUCUUGAAUGAUACAUCGUGUUCAGCCGACCAAGGGGAUGACGAGGUCACAGAAUGGCUGUCAUCCUGUCGCCAGAAUCCGGGCGGCCUCUUCUCAGUCAUGGCUGAAUAUGCCGCUGAGAGCUGGCUGAAGGAGAGCGUCUGGUCUGCGUCGGAGUGCUUCCGUCUCGUGUGGGCGGUCAGAAUCAUCUCCGAAGACGGCGAUGUGAAGAUUAUGCGCGAGACGCCCAGUACAGAAACCGUGCUUGAGGUCGCUCGAUGGACGAAGCUGGAAGAAGACGCGCUGUGGCAUGAAAGGAUCGGGAACUGCCUCUCCAAUCUAGGGCAUCUAGACGAUGCAAAACAUCACGCGGAGAUGUCGCUGAGCCUGCAACCGAAAUCAGUCGCUGCCAAUUUGGACAUUGCUCGGGCUUACCUGAAACAACACAAGCGCAGCGAAGCAAUCAACAUAUACCUCGAAACCGAGAAACUGUACACGGAGUCACUUCUCCAACAGCAGGAGCCCGACCAUGAGGACUCGGAUCUCGACAUUGUGGUGUCGCCAUACAGUCUGUCAAGGCUGCGAUUGACUCUGUCGGAGUUAUAUUCUGAACAAGGCGAUUGUCUAGAGGCUGCAGCAUGGCUCCACUCGUGUUUACAGUUGGAAUCAUACAGCAUUCGGAUCCGCAAACUUGCCGAAGCGCUAAUUUACCAUCUCAGCAUGCCACCAUAUAGAAAUCAUAAAGAAAUAAUGCGCUUGCUGAGGUCGAUGGACCGUGAACCUGAACACCAUACUGAGACAAUUCUGAAUGACUGCCUCAUCCAUUAUAGAAGGGCGGACAGUCGCUUUCUCGAGGCCUGUGCGACCGCUGCCCACGCCAUGGGGUCCUUAGAAUGGCUGGCAGAUCGAUAUCGACACGCAAGGGCGGCUGCGUUGAGGGAUCUGCGGUCCACUGUUGUCGUUUGUCUCGACGUCUGCUUGGCUCAACUGUAUUGUCGAUUCAUGAACGAACCCGACAAGGCCAAGGCUAUAUGGAGGCAGAUUCUCAGUCUGCCUCGGGUGGACAUGGACGGUCACUGGGAGAUGACGCGGUCGAGGUCAGUCGCUGAAUCAUCCUAU